GUUGCAAUUAAAAUCAUUGAUAAGACCCAACUGAACAGUGUCAGCCUACAAAAGUUAAGAAGAGAAGUUAAAAUAAUGAAGAUGUUAGACCAUCCCAACAUAGUUAAACUUUAUGAAGUAAUUGAAACGGAGAGAACACUAAACCUGGUUAUGGAAUAUGCAAGCAGAGGAGAGCUAUUUGAUUACUUGGUAGCCAACGGGAGAAUGAAGGAAAGAGAUGCCAGGGUUACAUUCAGACAGAUCAUAUCAGCUGUUCAAUAUUGCCACCAGAAACACAUUCUCCAUAGGGAUCUUAAGGCAGAGAACUUGUUACUUGAUGAAGAUUUGAACGUAAAAAUUGCCGACUUUGGCUUCAGCAACGAGUUCACAGUGGGAACAAAACUGGAUACCUUUUGUGGCAGUCCUCCAUAUGCUGCCCCGGAACUCUUCCAAGGGAAGAAAUAUGACGGACCAGAGGUUGAUGUUUGGAGUCUCGGGGUCAUCUUGUACACCCUCGUCAGUGGUUCGCUACCAUUCGAUGGUCAAAAUCUUAAGGAACUUCGCGAGCGAGUGCUUCGAGGCAAGUACAGGAUUCCAUUUUACAUGUCAACUGAUUGUGAGAACCUUCUCAAAAAGUUUCUGGUCUUGAAUCCUCUGAAAAGAACAAGCCUUGAUGCUGUGUUGAAAGAUCAUUGGUUGAACAUUGGAUUCGAAGACGACAGGAUGAAGCCGUACAUGGAGCCAGCGAGUGUCAUAGAUGAGAGUAGAAUAGGCAAGUUGAAUUAUGUGCUAGGCAAGAUGGGUUACAAGAGGAGGGAGGUAGAAGAGGCCUUGGUGCAGAACUCUUACAACCAUCUCAUGGCUACUUAUCUUCUGCUUGGAAAGAAGGUUUCGAACCAAACCAGCAAACAAAAAUCAAUGAACUCUGGCGACUACCUCAGCAGUUACAACAACAACAACCAGAGCAACAACAUCAACAACAGCAAUAAUCAUCGUUAUAGCAAUUCAACAGCCGCAGCGACGACAGCAGCGCCUGUUGCUGCUUCAACAACCACGCCAACUUCAUCAAAGGCCACUAAAAUUAACAGAAGUGAAUCUGGUACAUCCAGGGGUAAUAACAACAAAUGCAUCAAAGAGGGAAUCACAGGAAGGAGUGAAAUCUCAAAAAGUGAGCCAUUCAAUCCAUUUAUAGUUGCUGAAACGUGCUGCAUGACUGUGCUGGGCUGGAUGGAUGGAUUGAUUUCUUCACAUUACUUUAUCAGACAAUUUAUUUUUGCUCCACCACCACUUCAACGACCACAGCAGCUACACACACUUCAUCAUCAUCCACAACUGCCACCAUUGAUAGAUCGAAAAGCUCAAUCAACCCUGCACAUAAACCCGCCUCCCAAGAAGGGCAAGGCAGUCCACAAGCAGCAACAACAACUUAGCAACAACAACAAUUUUAUUGAGUUCUCGCAGCAACAACAUUUCAACAAAUCGAAUGAUACGACACCGACAUCAACGAUAACUUCAAAACUCAACAAAAUUAACAGCGAUAUCAAACAACAACCAGCAACUGCUUCAACGACCACCACUCCGAACUCCAUCACGACGACGACGUCCACCUCGACAACGACGACUCCCGAACCAAACCCAGCCUCAUCGGUGAAGCCUCGAGCCCUCCACUUCACCUGGCACAUGAAGAACACCAGCUCUGCAGAUCCUCUAAAAAUGAUCAUCGAAGCCAGGAGAGUCCUAGAUCUGAACCAGUGCGACUUCUACCAGCUGAAUCCUUUCGUCGUACACUGCUCGCACGGUGGCGCCAACGACGACGUGAAGAGCGACUGUAGCAGCCACGUGGAGUGGGUCAUGGAAGUGUGUCGUCUGCCGAGGUUGUCCGUCAAUGGCAUCAAAUUUAAAAGAAUAUCGGGAUCCCCUCUCAUAUACAAGAACAUAGCUGCUAAGAUAUCAAACGAGCUCAAGUUUUAA